AUGAAGACCACAAGCAGCAGCAGCAAGGCCCACGACAACCUGCAAGUAUCCGUGCAGGUCAUCGAAGGGACGUAUGAAUGCGACAAGGCAUUAGAGGCUCGGACCAUGCCCAAUCCCACGGUCGUGUCGGGUGGAAAUAUCUAUCAGACUGUAGCGAUUCAAAAGCAAUGUUCCAGCUCGGAACAAGAUGGCGAAGCUUGGGUGUUUGUCAAACCAACCUGUGGCAUCGCGGGGGGCAUUGCGCGAGAUAAUAUUGUAACAGCCGAAGACAUGCUGCAAGAGACUGUUGUACCGAUUCAGUAUGGCAGUAGCAGCAAUGGCAGUAGCUAUGAUUACAACAACACUCAAGAUCGGAGCGAUCGGAUUCCCACCAUUACGAUUGCUCAUUGCGAAAUUGAAGAUGAGUGUCAGGUGGAGUAUGUAUGUGCCAAUUUUACAUGCAGUGGUUUGACGUCCUGUGAUGUGGAUAUCCCUGACUUUGUUAUCAAUAGCACAUCUGACAGCACUACCACGUACAUGCCGGGUGAAGAAUGCCUGCCACGAGACUUUUCCAUGGAGCUAGACAAUGGAGAGGUCUGCGAGUUCAAUCUCAUGUGCACCAGCGAUAUUUGCAUCGAAGGAACGUGUCGUGCCGAGAGAUUGAAUGAUUUCCAAGUGUGCGAUGAG